UGCAAAGAACUAGUCUAUGUCCCUUCCUAUAGCGCGAGCGCUGCAAACACGUUGUAGCUCUCAGUCGGUUAGCAGCAUGCGCGCAGGCGUCGCGAUUUCUAUUCUUGCGGUCUCGGCAUGGUCCUGCAUCAUUCGCACACAUGCCCGCGAGUAUAAGAGUGCUAAAAACAUAAUACAAGAUGCAAUAACGUGUGCGAGUAACCUUGGAUUUUCGAAAUGUAUAACAGCGUACGGUGUUUGGAAGGCGGAACGUGCAUUGGAACCGCAAGCGUCUGAGCCUGGUUUUAGUUGGCGGAACUUUGUUAAUGUUUCAAAUGAUGAGCUUUACUCCAAGCUUUGUGGUGAUACCGAGAGGCUCCUUCGAUAUCGCUCCUUAUUUAUGGAAUUGAGUGAAGACUAUGCCAUUAGAUUGAAAUCUACCGAGAAUGCUUCGCUGAAUAUCGACAUAAUACAAAAUAGUGAUGUGGUCACGGGUCGCACAAGUAUGAAGAAAAUGACGAAAAUGUUCUAUCAAGCCUUACCGUUCUUGAUAUUUCCCGGACUUAUAAUGUCCGCUGUAUUACCAUUUUUCUUGCCAACGCUAAAAAUGGCUACUCUUGCUACAGUAAUGCUUAACAAUAUGGCCCUUACAGGAGCAGUAUUUACUCUCCUCAGAAACAAUGCAUUUAAUGAUCACAAAUAUCCCAAGAGAGUCAUCUAUGUAAAUGCAGGAUAUGAUGGAAGCUUUAAUCACCUUGCUGAGGGUUCAUCAGAUGACAUAGUAGCUGCUAAUUUUGAUACUCAAUACAGCACUGAAGUAACGCAUGACGUCAAAGACUAUCAUCUUAUUGGUGUAGAUCCAAACACUGGUAUUUCAUAUCCCUUCAAUGCAGAUUGGUUAAAAAAUUCUGCCAACGAAGUUAGUAAGGUUAAAAACGUGGAAAUCAUCGGUGAAGUCCCCAGCGUGAACGAUUGGACAAAACCUAACAUAAAAUGGAGAAAACAUAGCAAUAGAUAGCUUGCCAAUUUAAGUAAUUAUUCUUAUUAACUUGCCCUUAAAAUCUGUUUAAAUAAAUA